ACUCGACGAUCGUUUAGUCUGGUCUUGUGACGUCAGGUCAGAGGUCAGUCCGCGCGCUAUGUUCCAUGUAGCUACUGUUGCGAAGCAGGAGCGGACAGGUGAACAGGUGUGGAGGAAAAGUUUCAGACCGGCAAACUGCGAGGUUUCUCCUUCUAAAACAGACUUUCACGCUGCAAAGAAGAACAGUUUCUAUCUUCUCUCUUCAGUUAGUCGACUGUUGUUAACUUAUAGGUUAGCCUAGCUAGCUGUUAGCAACUCGCUGUUCUUCAGGCUAACUAGCCUGCUAGCCGACAUAGACUUUCACGUUUUCUUCACUGGAGCGAAGAAACUGAGCGCAAACAUGCAGGAUUUGCUGGCUAACGUGGAUCACAUCAAGUUUGACCUGGAGAUCGCCGUGGAGCAGCAGCUGGGAGCUCAGCCUCUGCCUUUCCCCGGCAUGGACAGUAAGUGCGGGGAUGCUCGCUGUUGUUAGCCGCUGAGUGUGAACUGUGAUCAGAGAAAUCUUUCAAGUGUUAUCAGCUGACCUCACUUUGACCCUGGAGUUUGAAUCAUCUCAUGUUUAUAUGAAGCAUCUUUCAUGUUUUUGUCUGCAGAGUCCGGGUCUGCUGUGUGCGAGUUCUUCAUGAGAGCUGCCUGUGUGAAAGGUACAAACUUGACAAUGUCACAUGCAGCUGUGCUAAACAUUCAAGACAUUAAAAUCAGAGAUGAUGACAGGGGAGAAAUGAGAAAUGACUCAGGGUGAGACGAAUUUUAGGAUUUAGACUGACAGCUUGAAAAAUAAACUAUAAUUUCCACAAAAGUGUUGUAUUUCUCUUUGAGGUGAAUAAGAGGUGAACGAACAACAACAAAGUCUGACUUGUUGCAGCAGCAGACACAGUGAUCCGGACUAAAAGCCUCUGAUAAACAUCAUGCUUUAAAGUUAGUUUACUCAACAAAGUCAGAAUUAUACCUGGAAGGAAAAAAACAAGCUGUCUGUGUAACAUUGUAACUGAAUUUUUUAAACCCCUUUUUAAAAAAUGUAGUAUAACAAAAAGUUGUUUAGUCCAAUCAGAUGUAAAAGAAUUGGCACAGUUCGGCAGUCUGUGAGUUCUGGCAUCUGGUAAUAACAAGCGUCCUUUAUCUAGUAAGACAGCAGAGACAAAUAGAUAUUAAAUAGAUUUAUCAAUGUCAAUGUCAACUUUAUUUAAAGACAGCCAGUGGCCUACCAAUGUGCUUUACAGUAAAAUGGCCAGAAACAAUUAAAAAAAACAAUAAAAGCAUAAAACUUAUGAAAACUUAGUCCCAGUUAGGAGAUGAGGAGCAGCAUUUUGGAUGAGCUGCAAGCGGUUGAGCUCUGACUUGCCAAUGCCAACAUACAGGAGGUUACAAUAAUCUAAGAUGUAAUAAAAGCAUUGAUAACUUUUUCAAGGUCCUUCUGGCCUAAAUAGGAUUUAACUGUGGCGAGACUCCUCAGCUGAAAAAAGCUAGAUUUGACCACUGGGCUGACCUGUUUGUCAAGUAUAAAAUCACCAUCAAUAAUAAAACCAUGAUUCCUGGCAUGGGAUCCUGUAAUAAUUGCUGUCACGAAGUGCUGCCAUCUACAUAUAAAAAAGAAAAAACAACUCAACAGUGUAAAUCAAUUUCAUCGUUAGUAAAAAUGUAUUAUUGGUUGAGUUAGCGAUUAGACAAAGGACUGUUGUUAGUGAUAUCUUAUUUUCAUCUUUUAUAUUAUAUAAAAUGAACAUUUAUUAUUGCUUUUUUGUAAUUUCACCAGUUGUCUAGGUACACUUUUACAUUCAGUCUUUUACUUUUUAAAAAUACAUUAACUAAUAGCUUCAAGCGUGGCUUGGCAUUAAUACUUUAUCAGCAAUCACAUGCCAAGUAGUCCAGAUAAUAGAAAACAGAUGGAGUCAUGAGUGAGAUGAAAUAUAUUGUGUGGCAUCAAAACAAUCAACCAAAGAAAUAAAAAGAGGAGCUGGCUUUGCACCACAUUAUAAAAUAAAUUUGGCGGCUACUUUUUAGUCUAGUUUUAUUCACAGGUCUUCCCCAACAAAACACAUGAAACAGGAUGAAACUAUUUUAAAUUCAAAGAAGAGUUAAGGCUGCAGAAGUUAUUCCAAAUUGUCACAUUUUUCUGUUUCCUGACUUGGAGAAAAAUUCAGUUUUUCCACAAAAUACGUUUCAUGAACUUCCACUCUGGAUAUUUCUUAUCUUCCCAUUUUAAGGUUUAUUGCAGGGAAUUGGAUAAUAAUAUUUGUAAUGAUUUGCUCACCUUUUUAGCUUGUGGGGCACAUUUCCCAAAUUCAACUGACAAUGAAGCUCUGAGCGGAUAUUAAUAUAAUGACCUUAUUUAUCUAGUAAGGACGGAUUUUAAGAAGUGAAAAUGCUCAGCAGACACUGUGUGAUAAAAGGUGAAUACCAAGAAACUUUUGAAGCACUUUGAUUAACCAGGCUGUUAUUUUGAAAGAUACAAAACCUGUGAGGAAGAUUAUGAAACAGCCUGACACGGUCUGCCCAGUAGGUUGAGUGACAGAGUAAGAAAGUUGUGUAUCUUAUGGUGAAUCUUGUUUCAUGCUGUCUCCUCUUUUAGGUGGGAUGUGUCCGUUCCGUCACAUCAGUGGAGAGAAGACAGUGGUGUGUAAGCACUGGCUCAGAGGGCUGUGUAAAAAAGGAGACCAGUGCGAGUUCCUUCAUGAAUAUGACAUGACCAAGAUGCCCGAGUGCUACUUCUACUCCAAGUUUGGUUCGUAGACUGAAUGUUUUAAAAAUAAAAUCAUGUUUUAAGAUCAGACAUCUGUGUUUUUAUUGUGUGAUCAUCACAGAGAGUGUCGUUUGUCAUUGUUUUGCUACUGUGUGUCCUUGUCAAAUGUGUGUGUGCGUUGACCCCCACAGGUGAGUGCAGCAACAAGGAAUGUCCAUUUCUGCACAUCGAUCCAGAGUCCAAGAUCAAAGACUGUCCCUGGUAUGACCGAGGUUUCUGCAAACACGGUGAGUCUGUUCAGUCUGUCUGCACACAGAACAUUUUCACCACAGAUCUCUUAAAAACAGUUGAAAGUUGCAUUGCUGUUUGGUCAUCAAAAAAACAUUUGUCUCAGGCCCUGACUGCAGACACAGACACACGAGGAGAGUGAUCUGUAUGAACUACCUGGUUGGGUUUUGUCCUGAAGGGAAAUCCUGUAAAUUUAUGCAGUAAGUUUCACUUUUUCAUUCAGUUGUUAUGUGAUACAGGAGCUUUGGGUUUGUGAAAUUACUCCACCAUCGAUGACUUGCCAGUAGGGCUGUCAGUUGUUGUUGUUGAAGUAUUUAUUCUCAGUUAUUUCAAUCUGUUAUUAUGUAUUUACAUACAUAGUUCGCAUGGUUAAUUGAAGGAGAAACCCUGCUCAAAUCCUGAUUUUAUCCUCUGAAUAUUAGUGACUUUUCUACUGUUUGGAAUACAUUUGAAUCCCAAACACAGUUCCAGUAGCUUAAUUUGUCAAAGCCUGUUUUGUAUUUUCAUAAUUUUCUGCUCCUGCAUUAAUUACUGAAUAAAUUAUGUUGCAUCCUGGAACAUUCUUCAUCCAAAAAGCAGUGACUUCCUGGUGUAGUUCUGCAAAUUGAAAACUGAGAUUUUCUUCCACAGCCCUCGUUUUGAAUUGCCAAUGGGAGCCUCUGAACAGCCUCCUCUAAAUCAGCAGAACCAGAACCUUUCAAAGGUAAGAGUGGACACACACACACAUUUAAAAACACACAUCUGACUGUAGAGACAUCCUGUGAAAUCUUUAAAUUUGUUUCUGCAGCCUGUCCCCACCAUCGGCCGCUCCUCACUCUCUCUAAUCCAGCUCACAAACUCCAGUCCAGGCCAGCGACCGCAGAACCAAGCACCCAUGGGUCUUGGUCCGCAAAAUAACAUGAUGGGUAACAGAGGGCCUCGGCCUCUGGAUCAGGUCACUUGUUACAAGGUGAGAGCAUGGGUCAUAUAAUGUGUGUUUGAGCUUUCCAAACCAGUUAAAAACACUGUUGUGUAACUUUAAAGGAAUAGUUCAGUGUUUUUGAGGUGUGGUUAUAUGAGGUACUUGUCAACAGUAAGUGGAGGAUCCAGGUUAGCUCAGCCCCUUUGUGGAGAAAGUGGUCAGAAAACCAGACCAGAAUAUGAGUUGAUUGCUUCUCUUGAAAUGUUUUACUUAUCAGACACAAAUCCUCUCUUUGUCUGUCGAUGCCAUACUCAGCUGUCUUUUAACUACAGUGAGAUCUUAAUUUUAUUUCUCUUUCCAGUGUGGUGAGAAGGGCCACUACGCCAACAAAUGCACUAAAGGUCACCUGGCUUUCCUGAGCGGACAGUAACUGUCAGCCUCAAGGUCACCGCUGUGCUGCAGCUCAGUCCUUUCUGAUGUGAGCAGAGGAGACGAGAGGACGCCCCCUCUGUGUCACAGCUGGACAUAAAGACAUUGACGUCCUCUGUUUGUGAGUUCAAGGUGAAUCAAAAACUCCACACAGGCAGGAGGAGAAAGAUAACUCAGCUGGAGGUACUGUCCUGUAACAUUCUGGAGUUUCUUACAGGAAGUUCACCUGUCCUCUGGUCAUGUGACUGCAUCAUCAGAACACCUGACAGUGUACAGUAGAACAGAUGUGAUUCAUGCCAGUAGAAAUGUAAAUAAAUGCUGUUUGUAUUCAAACUGAUGUGUUUAAUCUGAGCCAUAGUUUCACAAGUGUCAGUCAGACCCUUGAAGGUUGGGAUGUGGGUGACAUCAAACUGAAAACCCAACAAGACAACUGGAAGUGACACUGCAGUAGGUGAUGUCUAUACCUUUUCUAUAGGGAGUAUAAGAGCAGAUAAGCAGGAGAGCUGCGCAUGACCAGUGCAGCCAGACCAAAAGUGGACAGGUUCUGGUAUUACCUCAGGAAGAACUCUUAACUCGUGUGUGUGGCAGGGGGCAGGGAUGGUGGCUGAGGUCACUAGGCCUCAGUGGUGCCUCAUUGACUUCUAAAUAUUUUCAUGUGUGAGUGGCCCACGGUUAAAAAUGAAGCUAAGGUGAAUGUUGUGAAGUUUGAUGAUUUGUUAGUCUUACAUUUACUUGGUAGUCCUUUCAUGAAAGCAGCCGUUUCACACCAUCUGCAUUGUGUCAUUAAACCAGGACACACCCCUCUUUCUGCCCCAGACCACCCUCUUAUUUACAGAGACCCAACAAUAUCUUAUAUGCCAUGAACAAAACACCUCACAGCAUUUCACAACUAAUAGUGGGGAGACCUUAAGCAGAACCAGGCUCAUGAUGUCAAGUCAUCUGCUACUACCAGCCAGGGGUCAUUCCCUCGUACUUAAGGACUUUUAGCUGAAAAUACUUCCUUUGACAGAUAUUUACACUGAAUGUAAAUUUGAUAUUGAACUUUGGUAUACAUUUUAUACAAUAAAAUACACUUAAACUGA